AACUUGAUUAUGAUUAUUUUCUUCCCUAUUUUCCGGGAACCAGAAUUUUCUGUCAAAUCUAAACUGGCCCACCAAGAGGAAAGUCUCGCUACAAAACAAUUUUCUGCUGAGAUUUUUCUUCCUGGAGUGAAUCUCGUUUGUGCAAUACUCUGAUGCUGCGGAAGUGCGAAUCUCGUUCGGUAGAAGUCAUAAACUUGAUGGGUAUUCCAGAGUCGCCGUCUUCUUUACUUUCUUCAAGCAAAUUUGUGCUUGUCGGUCAGCAUUUUCUCUGCUUCUGCACCGUCAUCAAUGGCUUCAUUGAUGUCUAAUCCACUGAAUGAUUCGGGGGUUUCUCUGAUUUGGAUCAUAAAUUCUUCAAAUAUACCACAUGGAUCAAGAAUUUCGACUUCUGGGUUCCUCAGGAACCAGGAGGCUACUGUUAAUAAUAGGAACUAUACUUGCCUUAGUUGUGGUAGUUCAGUAUUUUGAAUUCCCUUAUGGCAUAGAUGUAUCAUCUCUCUUUUCCGUUGGCAAUGUUCGUGGCUUCUCAUCAAGUUCUGAAGAACUAGGUAACAAGACUAUCGACAAUGUUGUCGAGGCCUCGAACACAAAGAAAGAAGCUACUCAAGGAGGUCAACUGCAAGAAAGUAAGCUAGAUUAUGCAUCAAAAAGCAAUAAAAACUUGAAUAGCUCCUUUGUGUACAAUGUUAGCGCAGUCCCGCAAGAGGAUAUAGAAGCUGAGAAAAACAAAACCUUGGGCAUUGCAGCUAAAGAUGACAAUUCUUCCAUAGGCAGUUUUGGGGUAGAUGUUACUUCGACAUUAGGGGGAAAUGGAAGCUUGAACAUUGGUCUAACUGAUGUCCCUCCGAUUGCAUCACCGGCAAGGGAUUCAUCAUCUGACAAAGGAUUUACAUCAGACACUAUUUUAGGGAGUGCCGUGAUUCCAAGAAGCUCGGACACAUUGUCUGUGGGCAAAGAUGCAGCAGACAAGCUCAACAUGGGUGAAAAGCCCGAGUUAUUUCUAAGCAACUAUUCAACGUCUGGCAAGGUCUCUUCGAUGACGGGAGUUCCUCUUGGACAGGAAAAUAAGCCUAAGACUCUAAAAGGGGCAGGGCCACCAUCUAUAGUGUUCCCCAUUUCUGAAAUGAACCAUAUGUUGUUGCAGAGUCACGCUUCGUCCAAGUCAGUGACAUCACAAUGGCCUUCAAAAGUUGACAAGGAAAUCCUAUCCGCAAGAUCGCAGAUUGAGAACGCACCACACAAAAAGAAAAGUGAUGGAAUUUAUGCACCUGUUUAUAGGAAUGCUACCAUGUUUAAAAGAAGUUAUGAAUUGAUGGAGAAGAUGCUCAAAGUUUACAUUUAUGGUGAUGGAGAGAAACCCAUCUUCCACGAUCCAAUACUCAAGGGAAUAUACGCUUCUGAGGGAUGGUUCAUGAUGUUAAUGGAGGCAAACAAAAGAUUUGUUACUAAAGAAACUGAAAAGGCUCAUCUGUUCUACUUUCCAUUUAGCUCAAGGAAACUAGAGUUGACACUCUAUAACCGUAAGUCAUAUCGUCGCGACAAGCUUAUUGAGUAUAUGAAAGUCUAUGUGGACAUGAUUGCUGCUAAAUACCCUUUCUGGAAUAGAACGGGUGGAGCAGAUCACUUUCUUGCCGCUUGCCACGAUUGGGCACCGGCUGAAACAAGGGGACAAUUACUGAAUUGCAUCAGAGUUCUCUGCAACUCUGAUAUUGAAGUUGGCUUCCGCAUAGGCCAGGACGUUUCUCUUCCUGAAACGUACGUACGAUGGGCUCAGAAUCCUCUCAAUCAUCUAGGAGGAAACCCUCCAUCCCAGAGGCCUAUACUUGCUUUCUUCGCAGGGAACUUACACGGCUAUGUCAGGCCGAUUCUGUUGGAGUACUGGAAGAACGACACCGACAUGAAAAUAUUCGGUCCAAUGCCUCAUGUCAAGGGCAACACAAACUACAUUGAGCACAUGAAGACCAGUAAGUACUGCAUAUGUGCUAGAGGUUAUGAAGUCAAUAGUCCUAGAGUCGUGGAGGCUAUAUUCUAUGAUUGUGUUCCGGUUAUAAUAUCGGACAACUACGUCCCUCCUCUUUUCGAGGUCUUGAACUGGGAAUCCUUUGCGGUUUUUGUAUUGGAGAAGGAUAUCCCGAAUCUGAAGAACGUACUACUCUCUAUAUCAGAAGAGAUGUACCUGGAGAUGCAUAAGAGAGUCAAAAAGGUACAAAAACACUUUCUAUGGCAUGUUGAGCCUGUCAAGUAUGAUUUGUUUCACAUGAUUCUUCAUUCAGUAUGGUAUAACAGAGUUUUCCGGAUAUGA